AUGUCAGAUGCCAAUGGCGCUACCACCACCUCCUUACGUCCUCAAGAUCUCCCUACUGAAGUCCGCGUGAAGCUGCGCAGGCUCGAUCGCAUGGAAUCAAAGUAUGCAGAAUUGUUAAAAGUAUACAGGACGGCCCAUGCACGAAUACAAGCCAUCGAGUCCUUCGAAGCCUCACUGCGCGAGAACACUCCCCUGACGAGCAUCAACGACUCCAGCGCUCUGGUCGAGUAUUUGAAUCAGAUCAACCUAAAGAGCGACAUGGUCGUAGAUGAAUUGAAAAGAGUAACAUCUGACAGGGACGAUUACAAGAAGAAGUUCCAGGCUGCUGAGGAAGAAACCGCGGUACUGCGUGAAGAAGUCACUAGCCUGAAGAGCAAGCUUGAGACAGCGUCUCAACAGAAGGCAUCUGACCCCGAGAAGAAUUUUUCGAUCGGCAGUCCGCACAUUACGGUAGCCGGUGACAACUCUUCCUUGAAAGAAGCGGCAGACUCAGAACAAGUGGCCAAGUCCCCUACAACGACUGCUUCCCGAAUUGCGAGCUUCUCUUUAUUCUCUCCUCGGCACAAGGCGAUGUCCCCGCCAAAGGAAACGUCAGAAGAGUUCUUUUCAUUCGAAUCCGAACAAUCGAAAAUGGAAGCUGAGCUACACGAGAAACAAGCUGAGGUGGAAGACCUGAAGAAGCAACUCGCCAGCUUAAAGGCAGAUCUCAAGGUCGCUCGUGAAUCCACCGAAAGCAUGGUGGAGAGCCUAGAGACGGCGACUCGGGAGCUACACAAUCUCCGUGAAGCAAAGGACAAAUUUGACGAGACCAAGAAUGAGUUGCAGAACCGCAUUGCUGAGCUAGAAACCAGAGCUGCCUCAAAUACCCUGCGGACGGACGAGCACCAAAAGGAGAUCGACGAGCUCCAGGCGCGAAACCUCGAAGCAGUCUCACAACUGCAGUUGCUAGAGAGCCAAAUCAAAGAGCUCGAGGCAAGUAACGCUAAACUAGAAGAACAGAUCGUAUCCAAAGGCAAAGAUGCGGAAUUGUUGAACGAAAAGCUAUCACAGAAAGAUUCCAUUGUGAAGGGCCUCGAAGAUACACUGGCAUUGUACAAAUCUACGGAGAGGCAGGAAGCACCAAGGAGGCAAAAUGAGCAAUCGAGUGAGAAGAAGCUCGCAACAAUGCAAGGGAUCAUGGAUACCCUACGCGGUCAAUUGGACAAAGCCGAAACCACGGUUGGUGAACUGAAAGCGGAGAUCCAGUCCACCAGAGAGGAGCAUUCACACCGCCCUUCUACCAAAGUCUUUGGCUUUCUGGACGAUGAGACAAAAUCCAAAUUUGACACAUUAAAGACGCGUGAAGAUGUUGUGCAAUACCUUUCGGAAACAUUUGGCUUGCAGAAAGCUCCUCCAAGCAAGGCCGUUGCGGAAACAGCGACGGCUUCUCCAGCGCCAUCGGAAGCGGGCACCGGAGCCUCCAAGAAGAAGAACAAGAAAAAGAAGAAGGGCAAGGGGCAGUCACAGACCGCUGCAGAUGAUGCGGCGGAAACUGUGACACCGGUCAAGGUGUCCGAAAAUUUGGCUGAAGUGGAUGAUGUCGAGGCUGGCGCAGACGAAAAACUAAGUCCAGCUGAUGUCUCAAAGCUGGAAGAAGAGAUCUCAGACCUCAAGGCGGAGCUAGCUUCGAAAGAAGAAGCCAUUCAGCGACUUUCUAAACAAUUGAGAGACCAAGAGGAAUUGCAAGAAGAGAUUGAGACCUUGCGAGACGACCUCCUACAUCAAGGUGAAGAACAUGUUGAGGCUCGUGAUGCACUAAAGGAUGCCCAAACACAGAAGAAUAAUCUUCAAGAUGCUGUGGAUAACCUUGAAAAAGAGCUGCUUGAAGCUCGAGCAACGAUCGCAAGCGGCACUGAAAGGGAGAAGACGCAUGAGGAAAUACUUCAGCACUACGAUAAACUCAAGGUUCGGUGUUCCGGCCUGGAAAACGAUCUUGCAGCUUCCGAGCAACUCGCUGCGGGCCGGUUCAAGGACAUCACUGAUCUGAAGGAGCUGCUCGCCAAAUCACAACCUGAACUGAGAAAUCUUCGCAGUGAAAUUGCAGAGCUCAAAACCGCAAAGGAUGAUCUCAAGAACAAGACGGGCGAGUUUAACAGACUUGAAGCACGACACGAAGAUAUCAAAGCUGAGCUCAAAGGGCUUAGCAAGAGACUUGGCGACAAAGACAAUGAAAUCAAAGAGUUACAGCAGAAGGUCGAGCAGGAGAUCAGCGCAAGAACCAGGAUAGAAAGAGAUCUUGACAAAGCCCAGUCUGAUCUCCAAACAGCGGAGAGCCGACAUGAACAAGCUGCUACCCGUUCGGAGCAACUCACAAAAGAUCUUCUCAAAGCAAAAGAAGAAUCGACAAGCCUCACAACGAAGCUGCGCGAUCUCGAGGAGCAAGUAUCAGCUCAAGCCCGCCAAAUUUCCGAAUUGAAAGAAGAAAUUUCGCUCAAAACAGCCCUCCACGCAUCGUCACAAGCCCUUGUCCAAUCUCUCCGUGACCAAACACACGAACUCAACAUGCAAGCCCGCGAAGCCAGCACACGAGCCGAGAGCCUCGAAGAGGAGCUCGGUGAAACACAAAGAAUGCUCUCCGAGCGCACGCGCGAGGGGCAAACCAUGCGCAUGCUGCUAGAUCAAUCCUCAGCGGGUACGGAGGCACGGAUUCGGGAGAUGAAGGAACGCAUGGACGCCGCAAUUGAAGAGAGGGAUAGGGUGGAGGAUGAGGCGAGCGUCAGUCAGAGACGGAUGAUGCGUGAGGUUGAGGAGGCGAGGAGUACAGCCCGUGAUGCACAACGAUCGCUCAAGAUUUUGGAAGAUGAAAAGGAGGAGUUGGAGAGAAGGCUGAAGGAGUGGAAGAGGAGAAGAGAAGAGUUGGAGCAAAGUGCAACAAAGGCGGCCAGGGAAGUGGAGGAGGUAAAGGCUGCCAUGACAGGGUUAAGAGAGGCGUUGGAUGACAGCGAGCGGCAGGUGAGGGAACUUGAUGCACAGAAGGCCGACUUGCGUCGAAUAGGCGAUGAGGCUAAAGAGAGGGUCGAGAAAUUGACCAAGGCGAACAAAAAUCUCACAGAGGAAUUGAAGGCGGCUCAAUCGAAUUCAAGGUUACCGAGCAGACCUAACCUAGGUCGAGUGGAUUCCAAUGCGCCGAGUUCCAGGACAUCUAUCGAUUCUGCCCAUGCGAGGUCUCCAGCCCCAAAAGAACGACCUCUGUCUACAACGACCAGUCGCAGCGGGACGCCCGUUACCAUGGCGGGAGCACCCGCCGGCCUGAGUCAAGGAACCGUUGACUAUGUAUAUCUGAAGAAUGUUCUACUACAGUUCCUAGAACAGAAGGACAAAGGGCACCAAAGGCAGCUAAUCCCCGUGCUGGGCAUGUUGUUACAUUUUGAUCGGAAAGAUGAACAGAAAUGGAUCGCAGCGAUUUCGACACGGUGA